GCGGCGCUGUGCUGGGUUGGUGGUGGCUUGAGCGGCUGAUUCUGAGGGAAGAGCUCAGGGUAUUCCUUAUAUUCCUCGGUUUAUUCCAGAGCUGAAGAAGCUUGAACAAUAUAUUUUCUCCAUGUUUGGAAAAAGAUAGUUGCUGCAGAGAAGGAGGAUAAUUGCAAAAAGAUGAGUAUGUUAAAACCAAGUGGACUGAAGGCUCCUUCCAAGAGCAUCAAGCACGGGAGUACCUUGCUCAAAACACCUGCACCUGUUGCUGCUGCCCCAGCAGAAAAAGCAGCUCCCAGUGAGAAGAGCUCAAGCACAGCCCCUGCAGAUGCACACGAGGAGUUUGUGGAUGAUUUCAGGGUCGGGGAGCGCGUUUGGGUCAAUGGGAACAAGCCCGGCUUCAUCCAGUUCCUGGGCGAGACGCAGUUUGCCCCGGGCCAGUGGGCGGGGAUCGUGCUGGACGAGCCCAUCGGGAAGAACGACGGCUCCGUGGCCGGGGUUCGCUAUUUCCAGUGUGAGCCCCUGAGGGGAAUCUUCACCCGGCCGUCCAAGCUCAGCAGGAAGGCGCUGACAGAGGACGAGGCCAACGGUACCCAGGCAGCUCCCGCGUCCCGAGCCACGUCCCCCACAUCCACAUCGGCUGCCAGCGCCGUGUCCUCCUCCGCUGCUGCACUUCCCCCCUCAGGAAUCCCGCAGAAAACCCCCCUUGCUGCUAAGGAACAUGCAACUCCUUCUCAGAUUAGCAAUCUUUCCAAAACUGCCAGUGAAUCUAUAUCAAACCUCUCAGAAGCUGGGUCACUAAAGAAAGGAGAAAGGGAGCUCAAAAUUGGAGAUCGAGUGCUGGUUGGAGGAACUAAAGCUGGAGUCGUUCGUUUCCUGGGAGAAACCGACUUUGCUAAAGGAGAAUGGUGUGGGGUGGAGCUGGACGAGCCCCUGGGCAAGAACGAUGGAGCUGUGGCUGGCACGAGGUAUUUCCAGUGCCAGCCCAAGUACGGGCUCUUCGCCCCGGUGCACAAGGUGACCAAGAUCGGCUUCCCCUCCACCACGCCGGCCAAGGCCAAGCCCUUGACAGAAACCUCUUCCCGCUAUGCAAGAAAAAUUUCGGGCACCACAGCCCUCCAGGAGGCCCUGAAGGAGAAGCAGCAGCACAUUGAGCAGCUCCUGGCAGAAAGGGACCUGGAGAGGGCAGAAGUUGCAAAAGCAACGAGCCACGUCGGGGAGAUCGAGCAGGAAUUGGCUCUGGUUCGCGAUGGGCACGACCGGCACGUGCUGGAGAUGGAGGCAAAAAUGGACCAGCUCCGAGCCAUGGUGGAGGCAGCUGACAGGGAGAAGGUGGAGCUCCUCAAUCAGCUGGAGGAGGAGAAAAGGAAAGUUGAAGACCUUCAGUUCCGUGUGGAAGAAGAAUCCAUUACCAAAGGAGACCUAGAGCGAAAGAGGCAGAUUUCGGAAGACCCAGAAAAUACGCAGACCAAACUGGAGCAUGCCCGCAUUAAGGAGCUUGAACAGAGCCUGCUCUUUGAAAAGACCAAAGCUGACAAACUCCAGAGGGAGUUAGAAGACACUAGGGUGGCCACGGUGUCAGAGAAGUCCCGGAUCAUGGAGCUGGAGAGGGACCUGGCGCUGAGGGUGAAGGAGGUGGCUGAGCUCCGAGGGAGGCUGGAUUCCAGCAAGCCCAUGGACGACGUGGACACUUCCCUCUCCCUGCUCCAAGAAAUCAGCUCUUUGCAAGAAAAAAUGGCAGCAGCUGGCAAAGAGCACCAGAACGAGAUGAACUCGCUGAAGGAGAAGUUUGGCCUCAGUGAGGAAGCUUUGCAGAAAGAGAUCAAAUCCCUUUCAGCUUCAAAUGAGAGGAUGGCAAAGGAAAAUGAAUCCUUGAAAAGCAAGCUUGACCAUGCCAACAAGGAGAAUUCUGAUGUGAUUGAGCUGUGGAAGUCCAAGCUGGAAUCUGCAAUCGCCUCCCAUCAGCAAGCAAUGGAAGAGCUGAAAGUUUCCUUCAGCAAAGGUGUUGGGGCUCAGACUGCAGAAUUCGCUGAGUUAAAGACUCAGAUUGAGAAGAUGAAAUUAGACUAUGAGAAUGAAAUGGCAAAUCUAAAACUGAAGCAGGAAAAUGAGAGAUCUCAGCACCUGAAAGAGAUCGAGUCCCUGAAAGCCAAACUGGUGGCAGUCACGGAGGAGAAAGAGCAAAACCUGGAAAGCCUGAAGACCAAACUGGAAAGUGUGGAAGAUCAGCACCUUGUAGAAAUGGAAGACACUUUAAACAAAUUGCAGGAAGCUGAGAUAAAGGUAAAGGAGCUAGAGGUACUGCAAGCCAAGUGCAAUGAACAAACCAAAGUUAUUGAUAGUCUUACACCACAGAUCAAAGCUGCUGAAGAAAAGCUUUUGGACCUUGCUGCACUUGAGAAAGCCAAUUCUGAAGGUAAAUUGGAAAUCGAGAAACUUAGCAAGCAGCUUGAGGCAGCUGAGAAACAAAUUCAGACUUUAGAGACUGAGAAGGGUGAUGGAAUUAGCCAGGCCAGUAAUUUGGCCAAAGAACUGCAGGGCAAAGAGCAAAAGCUUCUUGAAUUUGAGAAAAACUUGAGUGCAGUAAAUCAAGUUAAAGAUUCUUUGGAAAAGGAACUUCAAGUUUUGAAAGAAAAAUUUACUAGUGCAGCUGAUGAAGCAGAGAAUGUUCAACAAGCUAUGCAAGAAACGGUGAAGAAGCUGAACCAAAAAGAAGAGCAGUUUGCACUCAUGUCUUCAGAACUGGAGCAGCUCAAGUCUAGUUUGACUGAGAUGGAGAGGAAGCUGAGGGAGCGAGAAGAGAGGGAGCAGCAGCUGCUGGAAGCAAAAGCCAAACUUGAAAAUGAGAUUGCAGAGAUCAUGAAGUCAUCAGGAGACAGCUCUGCCCAGCUCACAAGGAUGAACGAUGAGCUGAGGUUAAAGGAAAGGCAGUUGGAGCAAAUACAGCUCGAGCUCACAAAGGCAAAUGAAAAGGCAGCUCAGCUUCAGGAAAAUGUGGAGCAGACAACCCAGAGAGCUGAGCAGAGUCAGCAGGAAACUCUCAAGAUGCAUCAAGCAGAACUGAAAACUCUGCAGGAUCAUUUAACAGACAUGAAAAAGCAGAUUGAGAGCAGCCAACAUCAGUACAAAGAUCUGCAGGCAAAGCAUGAAAAAGAAAUUUCUGAGCUGGUGGCUAAACAUGAUGCAGAUAUCCAGGGGUUUAAGCAGAACCUGCAGGAUGCAGAGGAGGCACUGAAGAGUGCCCAGAGGAAGAACAGCGAGCUGGAGGCACAGGCUGAGGAGCUGCAGAAACAAGCAGAGCAGGCCAGAGUGGCCAAGCUGGCAGAAGAUGUUUCCCAGGCAGUGGAGCAGGUGACCAAGGAGAAGGAUGCCAUUCACAAAGAGAAGAUUGAAACUUUGGCCUCUUUGGAGAACUCGAGACAGACAAACCAGAAGCUGCAGAAUGAACGAGGCGCUCAAGCUGGCAGCGGCUCACAAGUCCCAGCAGCUCGAGGCUCUGCAGGAGGAGAACGUGAAACUGGCCGAGGAGCUGGGCAGGAGCAGGGACGAGGUCUCGAGCCACCAGCACAAGCUGGAAGAGGAGAGAUCAGUACUCAAUAACCAGUUACUAGAGAUGAAAAAGAGCUUACCCAGUAGCACUUUAAGAGAAUCUACUUUAAAAAAAGAAAUUGAUGAAGAGAGAGCAUCUUUACAGAAAUCCAUCAAUGUCACUAGUGCCUUGAUCACACAAAAAGAUGAGGAACUGGAAAAACUCAGGCAUGAGAUCACGGUGCUCCGCGGAGAAAACGCUUCUGCAAAAACCCUGCAGUCAGUGGUGAAGUCACUGGAGUCUGACAAACUGAAACUUGAGGAAAAGGUGAAGAACUUGGAGCAGAAACUCAAGGAAAGCAACGAGCAGCCUUUGACUGUAAUGAGCCCCUCAGGUGAUGCUGUUACUCUGCUUCAGGAGGAGAUUGCAAGAGAGAAGCAGGGCGAGAUCGACUUCCUGAACUCAGUGAUAGUGGAUCUGCAAAGGAGAAACGAAGAAUUGAACUUGAAGAUACAGAGAAUGUGUGAAGCAGCCCUCAAUGGCAAUGAAGAGGAGAUAAACAACUAUGACAGUGAGGAGGAGAGCCUGUCCAAGAAGAAGCCGCGUCUGUUCUGCGACAUCUGCGGCUGCUUCGACCUGCACGACACCGAGGACUGCCCGACGCAGGCGCAGGCGCUGGAGGAGCCGCCGCACUCGGCGCACCACGGCAGCCGGCGGGAGGAGCGGCCCUACUGCGACACCUGCGAGGUGUUCGGCCACUGGACGGCCGAGUGCAACGACGACGAGACCUUCUAGGGGGGACAGCGCCCCCGGCCUCGCACCAGCAGCAGCCGCCUGUGCUGAAUGUCAGGACAAGGGACAGACCCCGCUCCCUGCCCGCCCGCUCCGGAGUCCCUACGAGCAUAAAGAUUUGGAUCUUCCACUAAUAAAUAGCCCCUGUCCCUUUUUAACAAACGUCAGUGAAAGAUGAAUAAAUGAUUUAAUAAGUGAUUUUAUGCUGUUUCUUCCCAGGUUCUGGGUUUGUCCCACCCUUAACAGGAAAUGCCCCAGUGCUGUUGGAUCUAUUGGUGGGAAAACAUGUAUAGGAAUGAAGCACUA